AUGUGGCCCACCUUCGCUAAAUAUGAAGAGUACUAUGACUUCACUGUCUCGCGUUCCAUAGAAAAGGAUUGCUACUGUUAUACUUUAGCCCCAUCAUCACCCAUUUCUGUUCCUGGUGUAAUCAAAUUUUUGAACUGCUACUUCUCCUCCGUGCUAAUACUUUUCACUCACGUUAAUACGUCAACUCGCGUACAGGCCACGGAGUGGAUUCAGCUCAUGCCAACUCCAUACCUUGCCGAGGGAGGUACAGAUGUCUUUACAAUUUACCGCGAAGCCUUUCUUCCACCGUACAACAAAGAGAAUGGUGCCUUAGAUAAGCUAGAACUAAUACAUCUUCUUUGCAAGCAGCCAUCGCCAAUGUGGGCCAACACCUCAUUGUCACAAUUUACUCUGUUUCAUCGCAUAUAUACCGAUGUGUCGCGCUUGACACAGCCGCAGGCGCCCCAAAUGAUGUUUCAAGACAGAUGCGAGCGGAAUGGUACGCUUGUUUCCAAGAAAAUAUAUACAUUAUUAAAUUCCAUCGCAGGGGCUCAGUACUACCUAGAGCAAGUUCAGGAACUGGAUAAGAACGCACAGGUAAGCCCCACUACCAACCCAACUUCCACAGAUGUCAUUUGCACAGACUUGUCUAAGUACUGA